AUGGCUGAGUGGGCGCAGACCCUGGAACGACCCGUUCGGGACUUUCACUGGGUCGCCCAUGGCACCUCAGGUUUCAUACUCGAAUUGGACGAGAGGACGGUGAUUAAACGCUCUUUGGGUGAAGGUAACAGAGCCGACCACGAGACUGAGCGGGAAAUCUAUGAACGCCUCGGGGACCACCCACGCAUUGUCAAUGGCAUAUUCAUGCACCCCAAAGGCAUCAUCCUGGAGCGGCUCCAAGACCCUUUACGUCUACGGCUGAUUCAACUACGGGAGAGGAACGUACUUCCGACCAAAGAACAAAUCCUGAAAUGGUCUAGGCAGGCGAGCGAGGCGAUCGAGUAUCUCCAUGGGAAGCAUGUUUUUCAGGUCGAUAUUGCGUUUCUUAAUAUGCUGUUUGACGACCAAGACGACAUCAAGCUAUGCGAUUUUGCUGGCUCCUCGAUAGACGGAAGAGUACCUUCUGUCGUCGCGGGGGCCCACGAGGGAUUCCACCUCUUUGCCAACAAACGCACCAAGCCGAGCGUACACACCGAACUAUACGCGCUCGGCUGCGUCAUCUUCGAGAUUUCGACGACACAGCGGCCCUACCAUGGCAAGACGGACAAGGAGAUUGAGCGGCUAUACGAGGCCGGCGAAUUUCCCGACACCAACCACCUACUUUUGGGACCCGUGAUCCGGAAAUGCUGGACUUUCCAAUACAACAGUGCCACAAAAGUUAUCGACGAGAUUGACAAGAUCAUCGACAAGUAG